AAACAGAUAAGGAAGAUAGAGAUGGCUUACUGGAGCGGAGCUCUCGUGUCUCCGACAUUCAACCCAUUCGCUCUCUUUUCUUCAUCUUCUUCUUCUUCCCGACCCGUCGCUUCAUUUUUGUGUAGCUACUCUGCUUUUCCUUCGUUUUCUUUUUCACAAAUUAGGGAUUCAGGUUCCUUUACAUUUAGUCACUCUCUUAGUGUUAAACCUUCAGUCACCAUAACAAAACACCCAGAAACUCAUUUUAUUUCUUCUAAAUCCACUAAGAAAAUUUGUAGCGUAACCGAAUUCAAAUUUCCUGACCCAAUCCCGGAGUUUGCUAAUGCGGAGACGGAGAAGUUUAAGGCUCAUCUCCUCAAGAGACUCUCUAAGAAAGAUAUUUUUGGAGAUUCACUCGGAGAGGUGGUUGAAAUCUGCACUGAGAUAUUCAGUACUUUUUUGCACACUGAGUAUGGUGGUCCUGGGACACUCUUAGUGGUAACUUUCAUUGACAUGGCUGAUACUAUUGAUGAGCGUGGAUUGCCAGGAGGACCACAAGCUGCUCGUGCAGCUGUCAAAUGGGCUCAGGAUCAUUUGGAUGAUGAUUGGGAUGAAUGGACCGGAGGAGAUAGCAAUUGAAAAGGAGCUGCUCCUGUAAUUUUAUGUGAUAGCAGACAAUAGAUUUUGUGUCUUUCUGUUGUAACAUAGGAGGUUUAAGGGCUCAUGAAAGCAGUUUUGAUCCUUAUUGUGCAUUUCUGAUAAAGUCAAGGGAUUGUGAUGCUAGACAAUAGCGAGUGAAACCUUGAUUUUAGCAGUCUUGUGACAUUAUGUUCAGGAUAGUUUCUCUGCCUGGAAUGAAAUUUAACUUGGAAGCCAUCAAAGAGGCUGUUCAAUUUUGGCACCAAA